AUGUUGGCGGAUCCUACGUUCUUUGAGCCUGGAUCAAUCGAUAUGAUCAUCGGUGCUGAGUAUUAUUACGAUUUACUGGGGGGAGGCAAGAUCAAACUAUGCGACGGUGGACCCACUCUUCAUGAAACCGUUUUUGGAUGGGUUGUCUCUGGCCGUGUACCUGGAUCAUCUCCAGUAGCACAACGAACCCAUUCUCACCCUAUCACUUCUCCUGAUCUCAACGAUCUGCUCACCAAAUUUUGGGAGCUCGAGUCUUGCCACUCUGGAGGCACGUUGUCCGUGGAAGAAUCAGCGUGUGAAGAGAUAUUCGAACGAGCUCCCAUCCGCAAUGAAGUUGGUAGAUUCGUAGUCACUCUACCAAAAAAGGAAGCUGUCAUUCAAAGAUUGGGUGACUCCAAGGCCACCGCUUUAAAGCGAUUCCAUGGACUAGAGCGUCGGUUUGCAACACACAGUACUUUGAAAGAGGCGUAUUUCGACUUCAUCGAGGAAUACAAGUCCAUGGGCCAUAUGGAAGAAGUACUAGAAGGAGAAGAACCUGUCUACUAUUUGCCACAUCACGCUGUAUUGAAGCCUGACAGCACCACCACAAAACUCCGGGUCGUAUUCGACGCUUCAUGCCGCACGACAACAGGAAUCUCCCUAAAUGAUGGGUUGAUGGUGGGUCCAGUUGUCCAGGAUGAUCUGCACACCAUUGCCUUACGCUUCCGGUUUUGGAGCCAUGCACUCGUUGUAGACGUGGCAAAAAUAUAUAGGAUGGUGGACGUUUGA